CCACCCACGCGGCCCGGCCCGGCCCGGCCCGUUCCAGAGCAUUCCCCCUUGCUCCGGGAGCGUCGCAAAACCCUAGACGACCCUCGCCUCGCUCCGGUGGCCAUGGCGGCCUCGCUGCUCCUCCGCCGCCGAGAGCUCGCGUCGCCUCUCGGCACCCUGGCUGCCAACGUCCAGUCAACAUAUGCUGCGAAUGUGUGCUCCAGAUGGCGUGGUUCUGGAAGAACUUUGAGUGCAAAGGCAACCCAGAAUGAGGUUACUGGAACUGAUUUGGGAACAGACAAGUCAUGUGGGGUUAUGGAGGGAAAGGGGGGGCAGACAGAUUACACCGAUGAAAUGUGGACCAAAGAUAGGGAGGAGAUAAAACACAUGAAGGCAGAAUACGAGGAGCACAUGAGGACUUGCCGCAAGCAGAUGGAUGCGCUUUUUGAACGUUAGAGGUGCGUUGAUAAGAAACUGGCAAGGCUCAAGAAGAAGCUGAACAGGAUUGAGCGAAGAUGCAAUGUCAUGACCUUUAUUUUGAUCCCGGUGAUAGUCGUGGGGAUCCUUAAUAUGCUGUAGAGUCCGGCAUCAGCCUGAGAUUUUUAGUGGUUUAUUAAGGAACCUUGUUAUGUUGUAGCGGCCGGCAUCCCCUAUCUGACUAGGUACUAGUGUGAUAUCUGUAUGAUUCAGAUUCAAGAACCUGAGAAGGAACAGAUUCUCGUCCACAUCCCCAAGCUA